CUUUACCGCCAUCAAUAUCCUACCCGCCCGGCUACGAAUCCAUUUAACUGAGAGAAUCCGACAUUCUUCCACCGGAUUGGAAGUUCGGUGCGGGUUGUUACUGUCCAAGUUUGUCGACGAGGGACAGCGGCUCAGCUUCCCCGCAAACCCACCGAUAAGCGGUCGGCAUGAGGCUCUCCGCACUCGUCGUCGCCCUCGCGGCGAGCGUCAACGCACGCAGCAUCUUCCGCCCCGAUGGGCAGAGCCUAGCCCGGCGCGAUGACGACCUCGCCGUCCCCGGGCAGAACCCUCUCAAGUUCUGCGAGGCUGACCGCGGCAACGACCUCAUCACGAUUGAGGAGGUCGUCCUGACGCCGAACCCGCCCGAGGCCGGCACAACGCUCCUCAUUGAGGCCACGGGCCUCGUGAAGGAGACGAUCACGCAGGGCGCAUAUGUGAAGCUGGACGUCAGGUACGGCUACAUCCGCCUGAUUAACACGGAGGCCGAUCUGUGCGACGAGAUCAAGAACGUGGAUCUCGAGUGUCCCAUCGAGAAGGGCCAGAUCUCCAUCACGAAAACCGUCGACCUGCCCAAGGAGAUCCCACCGGGCAAGUACACCGUCCAGGCCGAUGUUUUCACCAAGGAUGGCGACCACAUCACCUGCCUGACUGCCACCGUCUUUUUCGGCAAGAAGACGCUCGGCGGGGUGUUCGACCUCUAGGUCAUUCUGGACUGAGGGUUGGGCACGGAUUGGAGAUGUGGGGUCAAAGCGGUUGAGUCUGGAACUUGCAUGCGUACGUACGAGAUGGGUUCUGGAGUGCAACGGAUUGAUGGUGUUUUGGGGCAGGAGUUCCCUUGGGUUCUUUCACUCCCCGUUGCAUAUCCUUCGCAGCAUUUUGCACAGCACACGGAGUCCCGAGGUGGGGAUUGGCGAAUACAGACUAUUACAUCGGUAUCGCCCUA